AUGGGUGUUCGUGAUCGUCCUACGAGGUCGGCCAGCGCAAGACGGGCUCCUGCCUCGAAAGUCGCCCCUUCAGAACCGCCGCUCCCCUUGCCUACGAAACCCACCAGACGAACCACUCGAGCUUCCCGGCUCACUGAGAUACCCGAUUCUGACGAUGUUGAAGACACUGCCUCAUCCGUCUCGAUCUCAAAAGGCGCCUUCCAAGGAGUCUUCGUCCCUAGCAAUGGCACCUCCCUUACAAACCAGGGUUCAAGCCGCCUCGACUCCACUGCGCCCUCUUCCAUUGCCGACUCUAUGGAAUCCUCCACCUACGACACACCGGGGACCAGCACAGUUCCAACACCGAACGUCAUCAAUCAGCGCUCGUCCAAGUCGAGGGUGGGAGCUACCGCUAGGGCUUUGGAACUGCAGGCUUCUGCAUUUGCUCUGCGAGGUCGCAAAGGGGCAUCAAGAAAACGGACCAUCAUGGAUCUUGACAUGGAUGAUGACGACCCCGAUGACAUGGAUUUCCAGAUUGCCUCCCGGCUUCAAGCGGAAGAGUAUAAUAUGGUCGCGGAUUCUGAGGAUUCUGACUCUCGGCCACUGUCAAAACGUCCACGCACGCAGCGAAAUCUUGUCACGGUAGAAGACAGUCUUGAAGAAGUAUUUGAUACGGAAGACGACGACGACGAUAUCCCACUACCAAGACGCCAGCGGACCAAAGCCACCAUACAAAACCCGUCCGACCAACGUGGUUCUCUAGGCGUAUCUGAGGAAGAUUCAGAGCUUUCGUCGGUUGAGUCCUUGGCCGAUAGUGACGCGUCAGUCUUUUCAACCGCGUCGAUGCUCGCAACACCUUCAGAGGCCGGUGGGGAUGUCGUUGAACCUGCCAAGCAGCCUGACGAGACUCCGUUCAUUACAAAUCGGUAUGGCAGGCAACGUCACAGAAGAGUAAAGUUCCCGCCAGAGUUGCUCUACGAUCCGGUUGGGCGCCGUCGGUACCGUGAACGUAAACGCCUCGAAAGAUCCCACCCAGAGAUCAAGACGAUGUGGGAGAAAUUGAGUGCCAUCCCACCCAUCAAACCUGUUCCAGCUCAGCAGCCAAGUGGGAUCAGUCGUAAGCUCAAAGGCUUUCAAUUGGAAGGCUUGGACUGGAUGAUCAAGCAGGAGAAAUCGCAAUGGAAAGGCGGCCUAUUGGGGGAUGAGAUGGGCAUGGGCAAGACCAUUCAGGCCGUGAGCUUGAUAAUGUCCGACUGGCCAGCUAAGGCUCCCGCUCUCGUCGUCGUUCCACCGGUGGCAUUGAUGCAGUGGCAAGCGGAAAUCAAAGACUAUACCAGUGGCAAGCUGAAAGUUCUGGUCUACCACAUCUCUGCAAACCCCAAAUGCAAACUCUUGACCGUCGAGGAUUUGAAGAAAUACGACGUCAUCAUGGUCUCCUACUCUGGUCUCGAAUCCAUGUUCCGCAAAGAGCACAAAGGCUGGAAUCGAAACGAUGGGAUUGUCAAGGAAGAGAGCGUGCUGCAUGCCAUCAAAUACCACCGGAUCAUUCUCGAUGAAGCUCACAGCAUCAAACAACGAACCACCAGCGUGUCCAAAGCAUGUUUUGCCUUGAAGGCCGACUACAAAUGGUGCCUAUCGGGUACACCGGUCCAGAACCGAAUCGGAGAGUUCUUUUCCCUCCUGCGCUUCCUCGAGCUGAUGCCGUUUGCUUGCUAUUUCUGCAAGGUGUGCAAGUGUCGUCAACUGCACUGGAGUCAAGACUCGUCGAAGAUGUGUACCGGCUGCAAGCACAGCGGGUUCAAUCACGUUUCUGUUUUCAACCAAGAGAUCCUCAACCCCAUCACUCAGGGUGAAAACACUGAAUUGAGAAAGAAAGGACUGGACAAGUUGCGCUUGAUCACGGAUCGAAUCAUGCUGCGUCGCAUGAAACGUGAUUACACCUCUUCCAUGGAACUGCCGCCCAAAGAUAUCGUCAUCCACAACGAGUUCUUUGGAGAAAUCGAACGUGACUUCAGUCAGAGUAUCAUGUCCAAUUCCAACCGCAAGUUCGAUACGUAUGUCGCUCAAGGUGUCAUGUUGAACAAUUACGCCAACAUUUUUGGAUUGAUCAUGCAGAUGAGACAAGUUGCCGACCACCCCGACCUGAUUCUCCGCAAGCACUCUGAAGGAGGUCAAAACAUCUUGGUCUGCUGCAUUUGUGAUGAACCUGCCGAAGAGGCCAUCCGGUCACGCUGCCGUCACGAAUUCUGCCGUCAAUGCGCCAAGUCAUAUGUGCAGUCAUUUGCCGGCGGCGGUGGGGACGCAGAUUGUCCAAGAUGCCACAUUCCUUUGGUCAUUGAUUGGGAUCAACCAGAGAUCGAACAAGACGAAGAUAAUGUCAAGAAAUCAUCCAUCAUCAACCGAAUCAAAAUGGAGGAUUGGACCUCUUCGACCAAGAUCGAAAUGCUUGUUUACGAUCUCUACAAACUCCGCAGCAAGAAACAGACGCACAAGAGCAUUGUCUUCUCGCAGUUCACAUCAAUGUUGCAGCUUGUGCAAUGGCGACUCCAGAAAUCCGGCUUCAGCACCGUCUUGCUCGAUGGCAGCAUGAGUCCGGCCCAGCGACAGAAGUCGAUCGACCAUUUCAUGAACAACGUCAAUGUCGAGGUUUUUCUGGUGUCGCUCAAAGCGGGCGGUGUUGCUCUCAAUCUGACUGAAGCUAGCAGAGUCUACAUUAUUGAUCCGUGGUGGAAUCCCGCUGCUGAAUGGCAGUCUGCUGAUCGAUGCCAUCGAAUCGGUCAACGCCGUCCAUGUGUCAUUACACGCCUCGUCAUCGAAGACUCGGUCGAGUCCAGAAUUGUUUUACUACAGGAAAAGAAGGCCAACAUGAUCAACGGCACGGUCAACAAUGAUCAAGUCGCUCUUGACAAGUUGACUCCCGAGGAUAUGCAGUUUUUAUUCCGUGGUGCUUAG